AUGGAGGUACACAUGCAUCCUCUUCUCUAUCUGCUGUUGUGCAUGAGUUGUGCUGUUCAGGGAGAUAACAAUAAAAGAUUCCUAAUCAUUGCUCCGAGUGUCUUUCAUGUUGGUGUGAAAGAACCCAUAAGGAUUCAGGUGGGGGAGGCAUUGCUUGGUAAACCUGUGUCCUGUCAGUUAGAAACAGAGAUGCGUAAGCCUACUCCAAUGUCUGCACGGGAGACCAAAACAAUCAGCAAAAAAGGAGAGUUUGAGGAAUUUAAGCUUGAGAUAUUUGCAAAAAAAGUUUCAAAAAUUAAAUCUAUCAAUGGAGAGCCUCCUUAUCUCAACCUGGCAUGUGAAGUUGAUGGUCAGAAAUGGCAGACUCGCGUCCUGGUCUCCAAACAGACUGGCUACAUCUUUAUUCAGACUGACCAACCCAUUUACAACCCCACACAGAAAGUUUUGUUCAGGGUCUUCACUCUGGACCACUCCAUGCAACCAAAAUCAGUGAUAGUUCUUAUCUCUAUAUAUAAUGCUGCUGGGAACAAGGUCAAGAAAUCGACACACAAAGUUUUAGAUGGCAUUCUGUCAAAGAGCUACCACAUCCCUGAUAUUUCAAAACCUGGUGUAUGGAAGAUUACAGCACAUUACAAAGGUGACGAGAAAAAUCCUGCAGUGUGUGAAUUCAGGGUCCAGAAAUUUGUUCCUCCUAGUUUUGAGGUUACUGUUCAGUCAGAGAAAACCUUUCUGCUUGUGAAUGCGGAGACAUUUACAUUCACCAUUCAAGCCUCAUACACAUAUGGCAAGGUAAUUGAUGGUGCUUUCAACUGUUGGUUUGGGAUGAAAAAAGACGAGUCACAAAAUUAUCCUGGAGAAAUAAAAUUCAUCCAGGGACUGGAGAAAACUGGAUCUGUGAAAGGAGGCCAUGCUGAGAUUACAGUUAAAAUUUCAGAAAUAAAGCAACUCCUGGAUUCAACAUUAGAAAAUUUGGCAGUGAUUCAGGCCCAAUUCUACAUUGCUGUCACAGUCACAGAUAUUUUAAGUGGUGAGGUACAGAAAUCAGCAGCUUUCGUUCCCGUUGUUUUGAGUCCGUACAAUGUGGAUCUGUCUCGGACAAGAUCGUUCUACACACCUACAUUUCCCUUUCAAGCGGUGGUCACAGUCCAUCACCCAAAUGGUUCACCAGCUGAAGACGUUCAAGUGAAGUUAGAUGUCUCAAGCACCAAAGAAAAGACCCUAAAUAUUAAAACUAAUAAAGAGGGAAUCGCAUUUCAAAAUUUCAAAUUGGAAGGAACACCACCUUCCAUUUCAGUGAAGGCAACAGUCGAUGGUUUCAGGUCAACCAAAGAAGUGCGCCCAAAGAAAUCCACAAAAAACAGCUUCCUGUAUCUGAGUGUGACUAAUAAAGUCCUGUCAUUAGAAGAUUCUCUAGAUGUUGUAUUUUAUGUCAUUGGCAAUCCAGUAGAAGGGCAAAUAUAUUACAUGAUUGUCAGCAGAGGCAUGCUGAGAACAGCGAGCUCUGUUGCAUCAGGUUCUACAGUAAAAAUAUCCAUCCGUAUCAGCCCAGAGAUGAUCCCGUCCUUCAGAGUGAUCGCCUUUUACUAUGACACAGAUGGUGACAUCAUUGCAGACUCGGUGUGGGUGGAUGUAGAGGACAGGUGUGAAGGAAAGCUUGAGAUAAAACUGAAUGGCAAUCAUAAUUAUGAGCCAGAAGGUUCAGCUGAGCUUGACAUUGAUGUGGGAACACAGAAUGCAAAAGUGGCCUUACUAGUUGUGGACAAAGCCAUUUACCCCCUGGGUUCUCAAAACAAACUCACUCCAAAACAGGUGUUCACCUCAAUGCAGUCUUAUGAUCUGGGGUGUUCGUAUGGCGGUGGAGAGAACACAGCUGCUGUUUUUAAUGACGCUGGUCUGACCUUCAUCUCACACUCGACCACAAUCCGUUCAAUGAUGAGAAAAGGUUUAAGCUGCGAGUCUGGUUUUAGGCGCAACAAACGCUCUACAGAUAUUCAAAGAGAAAUGGCUAAAAAAGAGGCUGCAUUUAAGAUAGAUGAAUUGCAGAAAUGUUGUCGCCAUGGUUUCACCCUGGUUCCUAUGAGGUUCGCUUGCAAGGACAGAGCAAAGAGAGUGAGCAAAAUGGGAAACAGAAACUGUGCAAAUGCCUUCCAAGAGUGCUGUGAGUUUGCAACCCAGCUAAGAGACAAAAAAAGAGAAGAGAACCCGAAGAAAGGGGAUAGAAAAAGUGCUGAUUUUAAUGAAGAUGAGGAAUUCUUUGAUUUUGAAAUACAAACAUUCCGCAGAUACUUCCCUCCAAGCUUUGGUUUUAAGCAGAUGGAUGUGAAAGGAAAAGUUAGACACACAAUUCAUUUACCCCACUCUAUCACAACAUGGGAGAUCCAGGCUCUCAGCUUAUCUGCAUCCCAUGGAUUUUGUGUGACAGAGCCUGUUGACCUUCCUGUAUUUAAGCCGGUUUUUAUAUCCUUGAGGCUUCCCUAUUCGGUCAAACGCUUUGAACAACUGUCUAUAGUUGUGGUGAUCUUUAAUUAUGGAAAGAUGAAAAGAGAGCUUGUUGUGCAAAUGAAGAAAGUGGAUGGUCUUUGUUCACCCGGGUCAGCAUCUUCCUCUUCCACUGUCAGAAUCAGUCUGGAGCAACAGUCCUCUCAAACUGUGACUUUUCCUGCCGUUCCCAUGGCAACAGGCCAAAUCCCUAUCACUAUUGAACUUUAUGAAGAUGAAAAUGAAAAACCUAGAGUGGCUUCUGUUCAAGAGAUGCUCCUGGUCAAGAAUGAGGGAGUGGAAAUGAGAGAAGAGCAGACUUAUUUUAUUAAUCUUGAUGGUACACAUGACCGGCAGUUGUUUAUUGAUGGAUUUUUCCCAAACAACACUGUUCCUGAAACGGAUGUCAACUUGUUUGUCAAACUAGAAGAAGUAGCAUUUGUCCAGUCCACUGCUGUUCCACUACUCUCACCAUCCAAAGUGGAAAAUCUGAUCCGGGCACCGAAAGGCUGUGGAGAGCAGACGAUGAUCUUUAUGUCUCCAACUGCCUUGGCAGUCCGCUACAUAGACAAAACUCAGUGCUGGCUGAAACUGGGAGCAGGAUCCAGAGACAAAGCAUUGGAUUUCAUUGAGCAAGGUUAUGAGCGAAUUUUAAUGUUCAAAAAGCCUGAUGGAUCCUAUGGAGCUUGGCAAGACCAUCCAACAAGUACCUGGUUGACUGCGCUGGUGGCAAAAGUGUUGUCCCUUGUUGCUGAAGGACAGAUAGGAACUCUUAAACAGCAAAGUUCAACGGAAAAGUUGAUUUCACAGGAGGACAUCCGCCAAGCAGUCACAUUUCUGAUUGGAACACAGAGCUCAGAUGGGUCCUUCACUGAUGCUAAUCCAGUCAUACACAGGGAAAUGCAGGGAGGUAUUAGAGGAGUUGAGCAAGAUGCCUCUUUAACAGCUUUCAUCACGAUAGCCCUCUAUCAUUCCCUCCCUUUCUUGGGCAGAGAUUUAACCGAUGUGGAGAAAAGUAUGUAUCGUGCCACCGACUUCCUCCUUAUACGGGCUGGUGAUCUUAAAAGACCCUAUGCAUUAGCCAUUACGGCGUACUGCUUGUCUAUCUGCCUCACUGACCAAACUCGAGCACUCUCAGCCUGGAAGAAACUCAGAAGUCUUGCAAAACCAGAGGGAGAAUGUCUUGUGUGGAAAGAUGACUUCAAUAUGCGACUGGUAAAUGAGGCAUUAACAGUAGAGACCACUGCAUACGCUCUCAUGACUGCACUAGAACAGAAUGACUUAAUAACAGCACAUGCUGCCGCAUGCUUCUUGUCUUCACAAGAGAACUAUGAAGGAGGUUUCAAAUCAACACAGGAUACUAUCGUGGCUUUGGAAGCUCUCACAGAGUAUGCACUGAAUAUACCACAAACCCCCAUCAAUACCGUCAACGCACAGUUCACCAUUCCAGGAAGGUCUGAGAUGGAGAGUCUGCAGUUGGACAAAAAUGAAAAGAAAGUGGAAACAGAAUUAAAGAGACUAGCCGGAAGGGGAAUAGAUGUACACCUUUCUGGAGAAGGAAAAUUUAAACUGAAAGUGGCAAAGACUUAUUAUGCUCUUAAGGAAGACUCCAACUGUGCUGAUUUGUCAAUACAUGUGACUGUAGAGGGAAAAGUGGAAUACACAAAAGAUCUCACUGAAAAUUCAGAAGAGCGAAAGGGAGAAGAUCUCUAUAAAAAUUCAGAAGACCGAAAGGGAGAAGAUCUCUCUAAAAAUCACCCCAAGUCGGUCACUGAGAUGACUGAGACAAAGAAGAGACAAAGAAGAGACUCCAUGCAAAACAAGCUAAAUGAUUUGGUCUAUACCGUGUGUGUCAGGCACACAAAGGGGAGGAAACUCUCUGGAAUGGCCAUUGCUGACAUUACUCUACUUAGUGGCUUUGAUGCAAUCAGUACAGAUCUGGAAAAGCUGAAAGACCUGGCUGACAGAUAUAUUUCUCACUAUGAGCUCACACGAGGAAGAGUGUUGUUGUACUUCAAUGAGAUAGAUGAAGAUGGGACCUGUAUAGCAUUCGGAGCUAAGCAAAGUGUGCCCAUUGGAUUAGUUCAACCAGCUCCUGCUACAUUUUAUGAUUACUAUGAACCAGACAGGAGAUGUUCUGUGCUGUACAGCGCCCCCAAGAGGAGCAACAUGGUUUCUGUCCUGUGCUCAGAUGAUGUGUGCCAAUGUGCAGAAAGGGGUUGUUUCACAGAGAAGAAAACAACUGAGAUGAAAAUCACUAAAAAGGACAGAUAUGAUUAUGCUUGUUACGACUCCAACAUUGACUAUGCAUUUAAAGUCAUUGUGGAUUCAGUUACUGAAGAGAGCAACUUUAUCUUGUAUUCAACAUCUGUAAAGGUGGUCCUCCAAUACAUGGGAGACUUGGAUGUGAGCCCAGACAACACACGGGUGUUUGCCAAGAGAAAGCACUGUAAGGGUGAGCUGAAAGAGGGCGAGACGUACCUCAUCAUGGGCAAUGAUGGUCCCACCAAAGACUCGAGUGGAAACAUGCAGUACCUGUUGGAUUCAAAGACAUGGGUUGAGCAGAAGCUAUCAACCUCAACAUGCAAAGCAGCAGUCAAUAUGAUUUACUGCACGGAACAGAACGAUUUUGUGAAAGAGUACCAAGUUGAUAGGUGUAAACCUGUCUGA